GACGAGCCGCCGCGUCGCAUCAGUGCCGAUUUCAAAAUGCCCUCCCCAACGUCACCAACGCGCGAUAUCACCGAGCUGAUGGGCCGGCGGAGUCUUGCCACCAUUCCCAAAGAUCAGAAGUCGUUGCUCGAGGCGGAAGGCUCGUGGGCUGUUGAUAUGAAAGACGGGCCGCACGGUCUGUCUACCGUCCCGGGCCACGUUUUGCAGACUCUGAAAGAAGCUUUUGUUCGUCUCCAAGACAAGAACGACGAAGGAAAACCCAAACAAACGGAAGAUGCUAAGCGCCCUCCUACCGUCAAUAACGGUGACGAACAGAAUGGACCCUCCCCUGGCUCAACCCCCCCGAGAUCAGGUAACGUGCCCGCAUCUUCGGAGAGACCUGUAGCCUCGUCACCAGAGAGACAUAUAGCAUGGUCGGCCUCACCACCUAGGUCGCAAAUUCAUCCUAGGAUAUCCAAUCCCAGUUCACCUAUUGACGAGGCAUUCGAAUCGCCAUUGCCCGCACCGCUCACUCAACCGCCACCGCCUCAAGCAGAUGACGCUGCAGCCCCCAGCCCCUCAUCGGGCAUCAGCGAGCCCGAUGAUCUUGAGAUAGAGGUUCCCCAGGCCCAAGAGAGCCACGAGGCUCCAAUCAACCGUGUGGCAACACUGAUCCAUACAGCAACGCCUCAGGAGCCCACGAGCAAUCUGACAAACACGGCAUCCACUACAGAUACGCCUCCAUGUGCGCAGCCUCGUUUUUCAUCCGGCCCUCAUAUUCCGAUUCCAACACCUCAGUUGUCUAUGCUCUCAACUGAUCCGGUCCAUCAUCGGACGCGGAGGAUGAAGCCGAUUCUUUUUGACGAAGAUGGUCCAAAUGCUUCCGGGACUCCUCCAAUACGUUUAGCUCCUUCCACACGCAUGCCUUCUACGCGAGCACCUCCUGAGCCGAGCCUCCAGAGCUCAGCUACCUCGACCCCAUACGAUGAUGAUAUGAUGGAGAGCUUGCCACCCAUACCCCCGCCACACAGGUCUAUCAAAGAUGCCGCCCCCCAGACCAGUGCUCCGGGGCGGCAAGACGAGAUCAAUAGGUUACCCCGCAGUAAUCCAGAAGCAUCUCAUGCUCGCCAAACGCCUAUAGGUCAUUUAUACAAGAUACAGGCAGCCAUCGACGUGCUUAUAAGUAAAAGCGGAGAUCCCUAUAGUGCUUUCACUGCUACAUAUCCCGACUACGCGACAGUCCAUUCAGGCAACCUAUUGAGCUUCAUUGGGGCGUGCUGCCACCUCUAUGAGCUCCAAGAAAAGAGACUGAUAAGAGAAUAUUUGUACGAUGACUUCAUCCGAGCAUGGUCAGGGUAUUUGAAGUACGCACUCGACAAGGGUCCCGAUCACCUUCCUGCCAUCGAAUGGUUCAACAACCUACGGGGCCCCAUCCUGUUCAAUCGUAUGUGUGUAAACAAAGACAACCUAGACACCGUUUUGGGUGCGUAUCCCGAGGAAGUCGCAAGGGUCAAAGCCGCAAUGAACCAGAGCAAGCAAACGGAGCCAACUGCCGAGCUGGAAAUGGAGCUGGAGCAACAUGUGGAGGUUGUGGACUUGCUGGACGACGAUAGUAUAAUGGAUGACGGCGCCAUAGAAGUGAGACGAGACGGACGGACGACUGUAUCGCGGGCGCAGAAACGGCCAAGAGCGGCAUCUUCCGGGGACAUACCUCCUCCGACGAGACAACCACCUACUGUGCCGGCCCCAUCACGGACAGCGCCGGCCCCGCCGCCUCCUCGACCACCCAUUCCGCGAGCUGCGUCCCCGGAUCCGGAGAGCGACGACUUUGAUUACCUCCCGUAUCCUGCUAAACCGGCAUCUCUUCCAAAGCCGCAGCCACAGCGGCAAACAGAGGCGCAGUCAAGAUCACGAUCACGAUCAAAAACACAGCAAGCACAACCACAGCCUCAACCUCAGCCUCAACCUAUCUCACAACCACAACCACAACCUCAAUCACAACCACGACUCCAACCAAAGGUGCACAGAAGCCUACCUCAGCGCCAAUCACCCCGACGCCACCCAACAACCUCGGCAGUGAUCUCAUCUCCAGUGUCGACAACUCGGCGACAACCCCCGAAGUCCUCCAACCCCAGAACCUCUCCGCGUCCGGCGGCCGAGUACCUCGGGAACCUCGUCUCAAACGGCCGCACCACUCCCAGUUCGAGCGCCAGGUCGGGCUCUUCGAAGCCACGCAAGAGAACAGCAGAGGAGCGGGCGCGGCUGAGGGAGCAUUUCCGGAAGAAGGCUUCCGUUUCGUCGAUGAGCUUCAUUGGCAAUGGUAUUGACAACUAA